UGCCUCCCUGAGCUCGGUGACGUCAGAGCGCUCUGCCGAUAUUUGCAGGUUAAGAAAGAUGGCGGCUGAGAAGACCAGGUUGAAACAGCGGAGUCAUAAAAGCAGCAUCUUUAAAGAAGGUGGCCACAGUUUUAAAUUAUGCGCAUCCCAGAUAAGGUGUGAAGAGGAGGACUAUGACCUGCUGGAGAAGGAAGAGGAGGAGGAAGUGGGCGUGCCCCAGCCUGUGCAGAUUGUAGUGGCAAAUGAGGAGCAGCAUUCAUUCUUCCUGCAGGAGCAGGUGCUGGAGCGGCUGCUGCUGCAGAAGAAGGUCCAGGACCUCCAUGUGGUUGUCGUCUCUGUGGCUGGAGCUUUUCGCAAGGGCAAAUCCUUCCUGCUCGACUUUAUGCUUCGUUACAUGUACAAACAGUCAUCUGAUUCGUGGCUCGGUGGUGAGGAGGAACCUCUGACCGGCUUCACCUGGCGGGGUGGUUGUGAACGGGAGACCACGGGCAUCCAGGCGUGGAGCGAUGUGUUUGUAAUGGAGAAACCAGAUCACAGCAAGGUUGCAGUUCUGCUAAUAGACACGCAGGGGGCAUUUGACAGCCAGUCUACCGUUAAAGACUGUGCCACACUAUUUGCCUUGAGCACCAUGACCAGCUCUGUGCAGGUGUACAACCUUUCCCAGAAUGUUCAGGAAGAUGACCUUCAGCAUCUCCAGCUCUUCACUGAAUAUGGACGACUGGCCAUGGAGGAAGUCUAUGAGAAACCCUUUCAGAGACUGAUGUUCCUAAUCAGAGAUUGGAGUUACCCUUAUGAACAUCCAUAUGGCCUGGAGGGAGGGCGGAGCUUCUUGGAUAAACGAUUGCAGGUGAAACAGAACCAACACGAGGAGCUCCAGAAUGUCCGCAGACACAUCCACUCCUGCUUCUCCAAAAUCAGCUGUUUCUUGUUGCCUCACCCUGGCCUCAAGGUGGCCACCAAUCCUCAUUUCGAUGGGCGGCUCACAGAUAUUGAUGGGGACUUCAAGAAGGAGCUGGUGAACCUCGUUCCAGCGCUGCUUGCUCCAGAAAAUCUAGUGGAAAAAGAGAUUGGAGGAGUCAAAAUUACCUGCAGAGACCUGCUGCACUAUUUCAAAGCCUACAUGAAGAUCUAUCAGGGAGAGAAACUCCCUCAUCCCAAGUCAAUGCUCCAGGCAACAGCUGAAGCAAAUAACCUUGCAGCUGUAGCAGGAUCCAAAGACGUAUACAACAAAAGCAUGGAGCAGAUCUGUGGUGGGGACAAACCAUACAUUUCCCCAGCAGAGUUAGAGCGCCGUCAUGUGGAGCUACGGCAGGCUUCCGUGCGGUACUUCCGCUCUGUCAAGAAGAUGGGCGGAGAAGAUUUCUGCCGCCGCUACCAGGAGCAGCUGGAGGCAGAACUUGAUGAGGCCUAUGCCAACUUCAGCAAGCAGAAUGAUGGAAAGAACAUCUUCUACGCUGCACGGACGCCCGCCACACUCUUUGCUGUCAUGUUUGUCAUGUACAUAGUGUCAAUUGUCACUGGCUUUGUGGGCAUUAGCUCUGUGGCCACGCUGUGCAACCUGGUGAUGGGAUUGGCUCUGACAGCACUCUGCAUCUGGGCCUAUGUUAAAUACUCUGGAGAGUUUCGCGAGGUCGGAGGAUUCAUUGACCAGGUGGCUGGAACCCUCUGGGAACAGAGGACUCCACGAAAGAUCUUCUCCAAAGUCUUUGAGGUGGCCCGAAGUCGAGUCCUGUUUGGAAGCUUUAUCCCAACACCACGGCCCCGGCUCACCUCCAACAACAACAUCAAGAAGAAAAAUUAGCAGCACACCAUGUUUUCCCUGUCAUGUUGGGGUUUUUUCCUCUCCUACUCUCUCUUCCCUUUUCCUGUCACAUCCACCUUCUGCUCUGUUUUAAAACAACGAUUUGAAAUGUAUAAAUAGGUUGGUUUUUUGGAUAUAGAUGAUGGUUCCUCGCCAUGCUGGCUGUGGGUUUAAGGGCACACUGUAGUUCUGGACAGAGUGGUAUGAUGUAUUUUAUUCUCAACGAGGGUUAUGAUUCUUAGUGUGGGUGGCCAUUCUUACACCAUUAUACCAGGUGUGGUUACCUGUCAAAUAAUGACUGCACAUUAUUAAUCCCCGUUUAUCUGAAUGUAUGUAUGAAAAGCAUGUCACCAAACCCUCCUCACUUCUCUCUUUGCAGUACUUCCUCUUGUCUUCAUCAAGUUUCUGUGUCGCUGGGCGGCAAUACAAAUAGUUUUUACAACCAAAGUUUACAGCGUUACUCGUAGAAACUCUCUUAGUGUUUCUUGUGACUCUGCUGAACAUAUAUCAGCCAUAAAAACUUUAAAUCCACAUUAUGUAGGGUCUAUACAAUAAAUUAACCCUGUGUCGUGACAUGGACGAACGUGAUUUCAGGUCAGGGCUCCAACCAGUUCUCUUCAUUAUUAAGUGAUUUUUAAAGUCUUACUUCAGUUGAACCUUUUCUGAAAAAGAUGGAAAUAACAGUUAUGCAGUAAUUUGUUUGGUUUUUUGUUUUUGUUAUUUUCUGAGCUUAAGAAAUGAUUUUAAUUUUAUUAUCAAGCUAGUUCAGAUAGUAAUCUAUAGUUACCUUAAUUAGUUUGUCUGGAUCUGGGAAAGAGCUGAAAGAUAGUAAUCUAUAGUUACCUUAAUUAGUUUGUCUGGAUCUGGGAAAGAGCUGAAAGUAAAGGAAGCAAAAUUUUGAUAAAACCAGCUCAGCACUUAAGUAUUCACCUUAGUAGAAUGAUCUGCAGAUCUGACAAAAGACAGUGUCUGUCAGUUCUUUUGGGUUUUUUUUUUUUACUGUUUUAAGUGGAUUAUGACUUGACGUGUUUACCUCCAGAUACUCUUUAUUUUUAAUACUCGGCUUUGUCAGAGUCAUGCUUGCUUUCCAACAGCAAGAUAUGAGGUAUCAGACUCAUGUAUGUUUGCAGUACAGAGUAGCAUAGAGCGACCAAAAUAUUUGUUCAACAGAUCUGAGACAUUUCCAGCUCUCUACUUGACCUACCAAGAAAGAUGUCUUACUAAAUGUUCAGCUAUUAAGUUUAUCUAUGUCUGGAUCUCCACCUUCCCUACAUUUUUUGCUAAUUGGUCCUCUUAACCUGACUGCCAGUAUUUGAGUAAAACUUUAAUUUUUUGUGUAGCUCAGGUUAGCGAUGUAGAGUAUUUUUAUUAUUUAGUUUUGGGGUUUUUUAUUAUUAAAUUUAAGCACUCUUCCCUUCAUCAUUCCUCGUUGUCCUCUUUAUCUUGGCAGAUCUGAUGGACUGAGUCAGCUCCUCUUGUUUCUAAACCACCCAAGACCACAUAGUAAAACACCAAAAAAUUUAAUUGUUUGCCAUUCAAUCUGUUGCAUCGCAUAUAUGUAACACGACACUUUGUGGGUCCAGAUUGGUGGGUCCAGUGUUUGUAUUUUCAAAGCCAAAAUCUGUAAAUUGAAUGGCAGGUUCAUUCCAAGUGUUGGCAUUGAUCUCAGGGUCAGAGGUCAUAAAACUUUGCUUUACUGAUCAAUUUUCUUUAGUAACCAUUCCAUCCACAAUGUCACCACUGUGUGCUCUUUGUUUUUUUACACUGUACUUCUUUUUACAGCCACACACACACACACAGGCCAUGUGUAUGAAAUAUGAACCUUUAUAAACAUAAAUUUUCUAGACUUUUUAGCUGGCAGAACGUUUGGGUGGUAAACUUGAUUUCAAAUCACUAGAUGUAAAGGAAUGCUAUAUACAUAUAUAUAUAUAUAUAUAUAUAUAUAUAUAUAUAUAUAUAUAUAUAUAUAUAUAUAUAUAUAUAUAUGUGUGUGUGUGUGUGUGUGUGUGUGUGUGUGUGUGUGUGUGUGUGUGUGUGUACAUAUAUAUGUGUAUGUGUGUGUGUGUGUGUGUGUGUGUGUGUAUUUAUCUUACAUUAGCACUGCAAUUUCACCCCUUGCUGGCAAAGAAUGUUUAUAAUCUGUUGUUUUUCCCCAUUCUGUUGUAUUUAAAGUUAUUUAAGUUAACUUAUUUUUCAAUACACUAUUAAAUCAGUCUUCUUCAACACA